AUGCCUUCUGUUACUCUUCGGAUUGCGCGGCCCACGAACAAUCUCGAGAAGCUCACCCACUUUUACACUACUGCUCUCGGAAUGCGGAUCAUCGGCUUCUUCAAAGACCACGCUGGGUUCGACGGCGUCAUGCUAGGGCUCCCAGACUGUACAUGGCACCUGGAAUUUACGCAUCAACAUGGAGUUACAGUGGACCCCGCUCCGAGCAAGGAACAUCUACUUGUUUUCUAUCUUCCCGCCAACGAGGAGUGGGAUACUGCAGUCAAGAGAAUUGAGAGCACUGGUGGAACCAGGGUCCAAAGCGAGAAUCCGUAUUAG